AUUAAGGCAAUUAGUGACCUGUAGAAGAUGAUCAAUCAGUGAUUUUAUCCAUCUCGACAUUGGUGUCUGGUUGCCUGCACCCAAGGAUGCUGUUUGUAGUCUGGUUCAUAAUUUCACCCUUUCCUGCUCAUCGUUAUUAUUAUUAUCCAAAGUGCCUUUUUGCUUCUGUUAGCAAAACCAGAAUCCCCCAUGCCCCAGUUUUAGCAGCUAAUGUCUACAAUAGGGGCAACUGAUCCAGUGCAGGAGUUAAAUAUAACCGUGUCUAGUGUAAGGAGAAGAUUUAAUGGGAAAUGGUUGGCAUUCUUUCUUCUUAAAGGCACGGGGGGGGGGGGGGUGAGGGGGGGAAGAGAGACGUACACACACAGACACACACACGCAUCCCACAGCGAGGGAAGAGGCAGAGAGCAGGCAAGGCAGAGAGGGAGCGAGGGUAGAGAGAGAGAGAGAUCCCCAAAGCAGCCCUGCGUCUCUGAGCUGGAAUCUGCCAGGGCGCAGCCAGCAUGUUGGUCCUCAGCCCACUUGUCUGGGGAUCUUACCUGCAGCUUUUCUUCUGCUUUGCUUUAUCUCAGACUGCGUACGUUGACAAUGUCUUCUCACUUUCAGCAGAUCUCCCUUGUUUGGAACAGAAGAAACAGCUCAACCGCAGAGAGUGCUGCUUCCUCGGCCCUCCUCCACCACCCCUGUUUCCACCACCGUACUUCAGGCACGGCUGGAGCUCUAAACUGCUUGCCCUGGAUAUGAAAGAGCUGUGUCGGGAGCUCCAGAUAAUAGAGGCUUCCUCUCUGCCUAAAUCACAUUGCCCUGCAGGGCCUCCUGGCCCCCAGGGUCCACAAGGUAUUCCUGGUAUAAUGGGACCAAAAGGGGAGAAAGGGGAGAUUGGCCGGCCAGGAAGAAAGGGUAGACCAGGUCCCCCGGGUGUCCCUGGGAUGCCAGGACCAGUAGGAUGGCCUGGACCUGUGGGACCGAAGGGUGAAAAGGGAGAGUUGGGUGUGAUGGGAUUGCCAGGUACAAGAGGACCAAUGGGCUCCAAGGGUUUUCCUGGAACUAGAGGAGAAAAGGGAUCCAGAGGUGACAGGGGUGACAAAGGAGUCAAAGGAGACCAGGGAGAAAUAGGCUUCCCCGGAAUGCUGGGACAAAAAGGAGAGAUGGGCCCGAAGGGACAAUCUGGAGUACCAGGACACAGAGGACCUAUAGGAAGACCCGGAAAACGAGGCAAACAAGGACUAAAGGGAGACAUUGGACCUGCGGGUAUCAUGGGUCCACCUGGAAGGCCUGGUCCUUCUGGCCAGCCAGGCCCCCCUGGACCUUCAGGAUCAGGGCAAUUUGCAAUAGGACCAAAAGGGGAAAGAGGACUUCCAGGGCCUCCAGGGAGAUGUCUCUGCAGAUCCCCACAACAUGUGAAUAACCCGCCAUAUGAGGAAUCUGUGUUUGGACACAGUUAUCCAAAAGUCCCCGCGAUUUUUGUGGUGAAUAAUCAAGAAGAAUUGGACCGGUUAAACACCGAAAAUGCCCUAGCUUUUAGAAGAGAUCAGAGAUCUUUGUAUUUCAAGGAUACCUUUGGAUGGCUCCCAAUCCAGCUCACCCCUUUCUAUUCUGUGGAUUACCGCUUCAAGGAUGGCGGUACCUGUGGAGAUGGGAUCGUACAGGAUGGGGAAGAGUGUGACGAUGGCAAUGCGGUUGUGACUGAUGACUGUAUAAGAUGCCGCCGUGCUUACUGUGGAGAUGGCUACAGACAUGAGGGAGUUGAAGACUGCGAUGGGAAGGAUUUUGGAUAUUUGACAUGUAAAACAUAUCUCCCUGGGUCUUAUGGAAAAUUGCGAUGCACUUCUUACUGCUACAUUGACUCUACACAGUGUCGAUACUUCACAUGAGGGAGAGGAGGUGGGUAGCAUCCCACAUGUAGCGGGGUGCUAGGUGCUACACUAUCAUCUAUCCAAGAAGGACUGGGACAAAAAAAAACCGCACCCACCUCUGUGUGAAAACAAACAAGGAGACAUCAUGCUGCUGAUGGCCAUUUUGAGAUGUUUUUCUUUUUUUUUUAAAUUAAGUCAGAUUGGGAAAAAAUAGGACCAUUGCAUCCUGUCUUAAUAGAGAAAUGUCAAACAGUGUUUGCCAGUAAGACUUUCAUGUGGCUGUGGAUGGCAACCUGCUCUCCAUCACAAAUGCAACGUUAAGCUACUGGAAACUGAAUUUCACUAACCAGGAAUAUUGAGUAACAAUUACCUCGACUUAGCACUGUUAAACCUACAUGUAAGCUCUUCAGGGUUUUUGUCUUUAAAUCUUCUCAGCAUAAACACAAAGCAUAUCUUGGAUGCAGUGUUUAUAGAGACUUCCUCUUUUAUUACAAUGUGAACUUUGCAAGUGUUGUAUCCACAUGAGUGAUGACUUCAGCGACAUUAAGGUUAAAGAUACACCUUCACGGGUCAAAGGAGCAGAGUGCUUUCAAGAUCAGCAAAGCAGCCAAAAAAGCUGGUUAACUUCACCUUCAGGCUAAGACGUUUGGCUGUGUGUCUGUGUGCAUGCACAGAAAUGCAAGCAGUCACAGGAGGCCUGAAACUGCAGACCACAAAGGCCAAACUGGACAAAUAAAUUGUGAAAUAGCCAAGGAGCUCUCUCCCAGGAGAAAAUCAGACAAGGAGGGAAGAUAAAGAAGGAACGUAUUUCCAUAUUUUUGACCUCUGUUGAGCUGGCUGGGCUCUGUGUGACCUCGAAGGGGCUGAGACAGCAUUGGUUACCUGCUUGAAACCACAGCGUGACCACGUACCGUUGCCUUCACUCUGGUUUCUACACUGGAAGGUCUUUUCAUUUUCAUCCCCUUGUCCACCCAACUAUCAUCAUUCAAUUACCCAUUAUACCCUUUCCUCUCUCCCCCUCUCUCCCGCUCACUGUUUCUGCCAUCGUGUCUGGGGUACCCCCCAGUGUACGUUCUCACUUCUGUAUCGCUGUAAAUCAGACCUUGGAGUAGGGUGUUUAUGGAUGCUCAUUCAUGCUGGGUAAUGUACAUGUAUUUUUGUUUUUCAGAAAGUUUGUUCAACUGCAUUAUCUCUGACAGGAGUCAGGGUAAUUAUAUACUUAUUUAUUAGCAAGAAUUAAAGAGCAAAUUUCGCAUGGGAAGCAUAUUAAAUGUUAAGUGAAAAGAGUCUAUAAAAGAAGAAAAUGAAACAAAGGAUGUGCAGAAUUCAGGACUAAAAGCCUCAAAUCAAGGAGUUAUUUUCAUACAAGCCACUCUUUUCUGCUUCGUGAUAAAUGCUGUACACGACUGUUUGAAAUGCGUGAGCUUUCUGUACCAGUGACAGCACUGCAACAGCUGCACUUACACUGGUACAUCUGUAAAGGUUAAAGGUGGAUGUUAUAAUGAUAAUGCGUUAAAGCAAUCAAGAAAGGCAUACAACUUUUACCACCUGUAUAGAAGACUUUAACUCUGCAUGUCCAAAGUGGUACUGGAAAUCACCAAGUAAAAAAAAAAACAAACCAACAAAAUUAGUGUACUCUUUGUAGCUAUCACUUACCCGGGCUAUUUAUGUCGCUAUGAAGCCAAGCCACCAGCAUUUGUAGCCCAGUUCAAUAGUUCAAAAUUUUUCAUCUUGUUGCCUUUUUUUUUUAAACAGAGGUCUUAAUAAAAGGUCAAGGAACCACUGGGGCAAGGAACUUGCCAUAAGCUCUGGAAAUCUGCGCACUAGCACAGCUGCCUUUUAAUUUCCUGUGCUUUCGCAAGCAGCAGGUUCCAGCAGCGUCAUACCACGCAGCAACACGUACCCAGCGGGAGGCUCCCGAGGACAGCCAUGCUCCCAGCAGCACGUCCUGCUGGCCAACCCUCCGGCUGAACCUCUGGCAGCAUCUGCCAGGUGUUACCAUCCUGGGUUUGGAGACGCUUCAUCUGAACUCCUCACCUUCUCCAAGGACUUCAUCUCUACUCCCCAGAAGGCUGGAGUCUUUGAGAAAUUUGGUAACCUCGGUGGCCUUGCACAUUCAGUUUUAAGUUGCGUCAUUUUUAAAAGCUGCUACCUCCAAAGGACGUUGAAGUUGCAAAGCUAAGUGCACGGAGAGUAGGAAACAUAAACAGGAGAUGUGAUCACGUAGGUAAAAUUGUACUGUGCUGCACGUGUUCAGGAAGGGGUGUAUCAGUCUGGUCAGAAAACGUACGCAAAGCAUGGAUUUUAAAUGGACUUUAUUAAUACAGCACAAACAAUUCAGCAUCUUAACAGAAAGAAAGCAAUCUAAGAUAUAAGGAAAAAAAACCAAAAACACAUGAAACGAGUUUCUUACUACCAUUACUGUCUUGCUCCCCUCAGAUGAUAAAGCAUGAGAAAGACAUCUGGGAAGGUGUUAAGUAUAUAUGAUUUAAAAGGCUGCAAAAGAAAUCCUUCCUCCUUAUUUCUGACAUACCUGCUUUAUCAUUAAUUGGGGAUUCUUCAGCUGGAUGGUGCCUGGUCUGCUGUGAAUUAUCUUCCCUCCUUCUCUGAGUUUCUGGCACAUUGUGCCAAGACUGGUUCAAAAGUUAAUUGGGGUAUUUCAGUUCCUUGGCCUUUUGUAGCAGCAAAUGCUUGUGGGAGAGUUUUUCUAAUGAUUAGUAUGCAACUCUAGACAAAUACAAAACCAGUAUGACCUUACACCAUGCACUGUUUUAAAUGUAUACUAAAAAUCCAGCUUGCACUUAAUAUAUAAUUAAAUAUAUGUAGUUACCUACUGCAUGUAUUAGCAGCUCAUGUCAAUAAAUUAUGCUACCUUA